UUAUUUUAUUUUAUUUUUAGUAUGGAAAUUACAUUAAGACUCAUAAUUUUUUACGCAAAGAACCAUUAAAAAAGACGAAUUCAUCUAUUCUUACAUACACAAAUAUUGGAAAAAAAAAUCUGAAAAUAUAUCGAAAGAAUUGCCAUAUCAUUUUACUGGGCCUUUUUGUGGAUUUAUUAUAAAGAAGGAUAACAAUUAUGGCCAAUCUGAUCACUUCUAAAUCGUCCCACUUGCAUCACGUGAGAAAAAAGUACCAUUUCAUGCCUAACCUGUCUAUCAUUGCCUUAUUUCUGCUUCAUUACCUUAUCUCUUACAGGACCGCGGCAGACGCCUUAAAUUCUCAAGCAUAUCUCAAUCAAAAGGAACAAUCUAAUCCUCAAUCAUUUCAAUCCGAUCCAUCCGCUCGGAAUAAAAGAUAUCCUUCUUCAGAUAACGCUACGCUAGAUUCGGACAGCGGGGAAAGAGUUAAGAGAUCAUUCAUCAGGCUCAAGCCUUUGCAGAUGAGAAUGAAGGAAGCCAUUUCAAAUCUUCAGUACAGCAAAAGAUCGCAACCCGAUGGUUAUCCCUCGAGUGAUAUCUACGACCCAAACUAUAAAGAAGAAGGUGAGAUGAAAGAUAUAAAUGGCGGAAAUUAUUAUUACGAACCUAAUACGGUGAUGCUAGACGACGACAGGGAAUUUGGUCGAGAUAAGAAAGCCUUCUUCAAGAUAAAGCCCUUCCAGAAGAAAGAGUUUUACAUGGCUAACCCAACUUUGUGGAGCGAUCAGAGCAACCCAGCUGGCAUUAUGGGCCCUAGAACUGAUAUAAAACGCUAUUAUGAUUCAGACUAUUAUGACGCUCUCAUGAACAAUAGAGACGCCAGGUUCUCAGCCGACCUGGCUCCCUCUACUUACUGGAAAACAGUGGGCAAAAGACCGUUCUUCAGGAUGAACCCCAUCUCUAACGAGCUAAAACGGGCGCUAAUGUUGAUAAAUUCUGGCGAUGUAGAGGAUGGCGAUAGGAGAAACAUUCCGACCGACAAGAAGGCCUUUUUCCGACUGAGUCCCAUGGAUGCCAAGAGAAGGAUGAGCGACGGAACAACCAACAAGCGCGCUUUUUUUAGGCUAAAACCCCUGGGUCAGAGUAGGAGUUACCUGAAUUUCUUCGACGAUGACGGCCAAAGUAAUUAUAAAAAGAGGGACAUGUACACCCCGAGCUUCUUCGAGAAAGAGAUAUAUUCGAUGGCGAUUCCGGAUUUAGGCGAUCAUCGAAGAUUGGUCAGAAGGGAGACUGCGCGCAACUCUCGUUUCGCUGAUUCCGCGUAUUUCCCCCAUUUUAGGGCUUACGUGGCUGCAUACGGGAAUAGUCUACCUUCUUCCCUCUCACGCAAAAACGAUGUCAAGGGCGAUGUAGCGAAGCGUUACUUCUUCCGGCUCUCUCAUCUAAGGCCAGAGAGAGGGAAUAGCAAAAUGGCGGCCAACAAUUAUCUAUACCAGGAGUAAUUUUUUUUUUUAAAAAAAGGAUAUAUAUUAACCUAGUGGAACAUAAAAAUAUCAUCUUUUAUCAAACCACAUAUAUUUUUUGAUGAUCAAUCUUAACCAUGCCAUUCCACAAUUCCUCUUUAUAAAAAAUAAAAAUCUCUCCUUAUAAUUGUAAACAAUUUUGUUCGUCGUUUGUAUAAUAAAUACCAAUAAUAUUAUUAUCAUUAUCAAUA